UGCUGCGGCCAUCGCCGCUCCAAUGCUAUCGCUCGCCUCGUCUCCACCGUCGUGAACACAUCCUCGUUCGACUGCCACAGUGCCACUACACUACAGUCUACAGCUCCUCCUCGUCAUUGCAUCCACAGCGGCUCUCCUUCACCUCGAGGGCCUACAAGAAUCGACCUUGCCUCCGUCACCUUGCAGCGAAGGAACACGCACAUGUACCGUGUGGUCAAAGAAAGCCUCCAGGUCGGCGUAGCUGGUUCCGCUAUCAAACAGUCCAUCCGCGGCGGCCGGACCGCCGGAGCCACCGCUUGCCUUGUACGAAGCUCAUUCCGGGCAGGGGUCAGGCCGCACGGAACGGCGGAGGUCAAAUCGAACGAACACGCUUUGGUCAUCACGGGCCUCCCCGUGUCUCCGUCGCGCACCGAAGCAAACGCGCGGCCAACGGCCAUCGACGACCCACGCGGGACGCGCACACGCGGCUUUCGCUCCGCGACCGCGAGCCUCGGCUCGGGCUCUCGAGUAUUUAUCAUUCCGCCCCUUGAAUACAUCACGUUUGCAUCUCUAACCACCUGCGCUGCGCUCGCGUCUCUCGUCCCCCUCAGAUCCACCGACUCGCUCUGAGUCUCUGACCGCCCCUUCCGUCGUCCCCGUUCGAAGGCGCGGCAAGCGAGCGAUUCAGCCAGAUUCGAUUCGACAUGAAUCCCGAGUACGACUACCUUUUCAAACUUCUGCUUAUUGGUGAUUCUGGUGUUGGGAAAUCAUGCUUGCUUCUCAGAUUUGCGGAUGAUUCAUAUUUGGACAGCUACAUCAGCACAAUUGGGGUUGAUUUUAAAAUUCGGACAGUAGAGCAAGAUGGGAAGACCAUAAAACUUCAAAUUUGGGAUACUGCUGGGCAAGAGCGCUUCAGGACCAUCACUAGCAGCUACUACCGUGGAGCUCAUGGAAUCAUUAUUGUAUAUGACGUGACAGACCAAGAAAGCUUCAAUAAUGUGAAGCAAUGGUUAAAUGAAAUUGAUCGUUAUGCAAGUGACAAUGUUAACAAGCUCCUUGUUGGGAACAAGAGCGACCUAACUGCCAACAAAGUUGUGGCAACUGAGACAGCAAAGGCAUUUGCUGAUGAGAUGGGCAUCCCGUUCAUGGAGACGAGUGCCAAAAACGCCACCAACGUGGAGCAGGCCUUCAUGGCUAUGGCUGCAUCCAUCAAGGACAGGAUGGCCAGCCAACCAGCCGCGGCCAACGCAAGGCCAGCGACGGUGCAGAUCCGCGGGCAACCCGUCAACCAGAAGACGUCUUGCUGCUCGUCUUAAGCUUGCCUGAUUUCUCUGGUUCCUUGUGACUAUUACUACCGUUUGUGCGAGCAUGCAAAUGUAUUUGUUGCAUUAUUGCUGAUAGCAUCUGUUCGUUGGCCAGAUGAGUAGAGAGCUGAAAAAAUGUUAAGAACACCAUAGAGAGAAGUCUAUCCGUGCUCUCUCAACUUAAGGAGCAAACAGCAAGACUUCAUUUUUUUUCUACUUUACUGUUUAUUAGUCGCGUUACAUUUGUGAACAGUUAUUGUAAUGUCUUUUUUUUUAACUCUGUAUUCGUAGUGAGAUGAAAUGCGUGUGUGGGCAACAAAUUUCCUUUUUGGCUA